GAGAGAUUAAGUGUAAGCGGUUUAGCAAGUACAACUUGGAGGUCCAGUGCUGGCUUCACUGCCAUCACAGCGACCUCAGGUCUGACGUCUCCUCUCUGAAGGGGCCAUCUGCGACCGAGCCACCACCCCAAUGGCUGACGACAGUACUCAAAGCUUCAAGGCGGUUGACCUGGUUGUUCAGCUGUCCCCUGCUCUAAAAACCAAGCCACAUGUGGUUGACUUCGGGACUGUCUUCACUGACCACAUGUUGACUGUCGAGUGGAGCGUGACUGAGGGCUGGCAAGCCCCGUUCAUCAGGCCGCUCGCAAACCUAUCCCUCCACCCAGCCUGUUCCUCACUACAUUAUGGUAUUCAGCUGUUUGAAGGUUUCAAGGUAUACCGCGGAGAUGACAGCCGACUGCGUCUCUUCCGACCGAUGCUCAACAUGAGCCGCAUGGCUAACUCUGCCAAGAGAGCUUGUCUGCCUGCCUUUGAUCAGACAGAGUUGCUGGAGUGUAUCAGGAGAUUGGUGGAGAUUGACCAGGACUGGGUUCCUCGAUCAGACUCAGCGAGUCUGUACAUAAGGCCAACAUUUAUUAGCACUGAGCCUUCUCUGGGCGUAAAGCGGCCUGGCCGUGCCUUGCUGUAUGUGAUCUUGUGUCAAGCUGGCUCUUAUUUCAACUCUGAGGCAGAUGCCAUCUCCCUGUGGGCUGACCCAAAAUACACACGGGCCUGGAAAGGAGGAACUGGAGACUGCAAGAUGGGAGGGAACUAUGGAUGCUCCCUGUUUGCCCAGUACGAAGCAGGUGAUUACGGGUGUCAGCAGGUGCUCUGGCUGUAUGGACAGGACCACCAGAUAACUGAGGCAGGAACUAUGAAUAUUUUCCUGCACUGGAUCAAUCAGGAUGGAGAGGAGGAGCUUGCAACUCCACCUCUGGAUGGCAUCAUUCUCCCAGGCAUUACUCGACGGAGCAUCCUAGAACUAACCAGGAAAUGGGGUGAGUUUAAAGUGACAGAGUGCUACCUCACCAUGAGCCAGCUAUGCUCUGCUCUCAAACAGCAGCGGGUCAAAGAGAUGUUUGGCAGCGGGACUGCCUGCAUGAUCUGCCCUAUUGGACACAUUGUCUACCUGGGAGAGAACUUGCAUAUCCCCUGUCGAGAUAAGCACUCAGUGAAGCUGACAUCACGGCUCACAAAAGAACUCACGGAUAUACAGCACGGACGCACACCUAGCGACUGGACUUUCGAGGUGUAGCAGUGUUGAAGGAGCCUGGACACAGUGAAGCAAUGUAAAGUAUGCGCAAUACUUGGAAUCUAACUGCAAUAUAAGUGACUCCUUUACUUACGUUUACACUUAAAUUUAACACAAACACAGAACUGUCCAAAGUAGUUAAUAAAGUAGGAUAACGUCUCAUGCAAUACUGCACAAUAACUUACAUUACCCCCGCCAUGAGGACUUGCUCUGUAACUUCUUCCCAGCAUCCCAGCGUUGAUAAGUUUCACAUGACUGCAUAAGAAUUUCAAAGUUGCUACAAAAUGGCUUGAACUUGUGAGGUCUAAAAUAAAAACAUGAACUUAAAAGUCAAUGUCUGUCAAGGAUGCUUAUGUCUUAAACAUAUUAAAGUUGUGUCGGAAGUAAAAUUUUCAUUUUCUGUAUGAUGAACCAGGAGGCUGGUUACCUAGAUAUGUGGGGCCUAGAUGUGAGUCGGUGCCCCCCA